CCGUCUUGUUAUCGGCGAGACCGGAUCCCUGUGGGUCCGUCUUGGGAGGCUCUCAUAAGAAAGGGGACCCCACUCUCAAAAAAAUCACGUUGGCAACAAGUCAGAUCACGAAGGUUAUUUUUUGAACAAGAAGAUGAGUUUUUCUCACUUCCUUGGGAAUGGAAUGGUUAAAAGAAUGAAAGGGGCAGGACUGAGAAAGGAAGGAAUCGGAAAGGAGGUGAAUGGAAAGUGCAGUGGAUUAUUACAGUGAUGCUAUUAAAUAACGUUAUUUAUUGAAAAGCAUUUUUCAAAGUAAAUUUAUUAUCAAAGUACAUAUGUUACCAUAUAAAACCCUGAGAUUUGUUUUCUUGCGAGCAUUCACAGUAAAUACAAGAAACACGAUGAAAGACUGGACCCCACAGGAUGACCAAACAAGCAAUGUGCAAAAGACAACAAACUGUGCAAAUACAAAAGGAAAAAAAAACAAUAAAUGGAGAACAUGAAAUGAAGAGUUUUUGAAAGAACCAUGAGCCUUGCACUUCAGGAGCUGCUCCUCUGUUGUCGUCAGUUUGACAAUGACAAAGCUACUGAGAGAAAGAAAGAAAUAGAUAAAUUUAAACGCCUUAUUCGGAUGCCAGAAACUAGAGAGCAGUUGGAUCGAAAUUCUGAAUCAAGACAUUCAAAACAAUUAAACUGGGAUACAGUUUUCAGGUUUCUGCAAAAGUACAUCCAAAAAGAGACUGAAUGUCUUCAGGCAGCCAAUCCAAAUGUGUCAGCAACAACUCAAGCCAAUCGGCAAAAGAAAAUGCAAGAAGUUAGCAAUAUUAUGAAAAACUUCAUCCGCUGGGCUAACAAAAGAGGACCUCGUUUGAAAUGUCAAGAACUACUGAAGCACAUCAUGGACAUUCUUCAGGGUAGAUUUAGUUGUGCUGCCUAUGGUGCUGACUACAAUAGUAUUCUGCUGAAGGAUGUUCUUUCAGUUCGGAAAUACUGGUGUGAAAUAACCCAGCAGCAAUGGUCAGAUUUAAUGACUUUAUACUUCAAGAUGUACCUAAGACCCUCAAAAGAUACUAACCGGGUUCUUGUCGCCAGAAUAAUUAAUACACUUGUGAGAGGAUGUUGUUUCCAGUCAGAGAGCCUGACCUCCAAACUGUUUGAAUUCUUUGCAAAGGCAAUGCAGAAUGCAAGACAGGAACAAGUCUUGGCAGUCAUUGAGCAUAUUAUAUCGGCUCUCAAUGUCUUCCUCAACAUGUGUAUAGUGAAUUGUCGCAUACGUGUAUGUAAACUUGGGGAGGACAUCUUCCCAACACUGCUAUGCAUUUGGACUCAGAAGCAUCUCCAAGAUUCCUUGAAGGAAGAAGUCAUUGAAUUUUUUCGAUUACAACUCCAAGCCCAUCAUCCAAAGGGGACAAAAGUUCUGGAAAAAGGCGCUUUUGCAGCUGACUGGUUGAAUUGGCAGAACCUGCUUUAUUCUCUCUACGAAGCAAUUAUCAGUGAAAUGAGCCACAUAGGAAGCAGAGGGAAGUACUCAGCAGGAGUGCGUCAUGUUGCUGUCAAGGAGAAUCUUGUCAAUCUGGCUGCUGACAUCUGUCAUCAGUUGUUUGAUCGUGACUUAAAAGUGUUUGUGUCAUCAGUAACAAACAUAGAUACUGUGCAAAGCCCCUCCCAUCAAGGGUCACUGAGCAAACGAAGACGUAUUGAGCUGGGAUGGGAAGUGAUACGAGAUACUUUGCAAAAAUCAGAGAAUGAUUUUGAUAUGAUACCUUGGUUACAGAUUACCACUGUUCUAGUUGCAAAAUAUCCAUCGAGCUUGCCCAACUGUGAGCUUGUUCCUCUUUUGACCACUUUGCAUCAGAUCCUUUCUCAACAAAAACGUAGAGAGAGAAUUCCUUAUGUUCUUUGUUGCCUCCGUGAGGUUGCUGUCUGCCAGAGAUUGAAAUCAGCACUUAGUACUGCACAGAAGUUAGACCUACAGAAACUGUGGGCCAAAAUCUGGGCCAUCUCACUUCGGAGCAUCAGCUCACAUCAGACUGAGGCUGAAAGCUUCCAGCUGCUGGAGGCAAUUCUUGAAGGGAACCUAACCAAUCCAGACAUUGAUUUUUGGAAAAUCUUUUCAGGAUCCACAUGUAAACCAUCCAGCUCUGCGGUUAAGUGCCUUUGUCAAGCAUUGGCAAGAUGCACACUACCAGAACGAAUUGAUGGUAUUGUUGAAAAUUAUCCAAUGUCCGUGAGUGAUAGGCCGCUGAGUCUUAGAGAAGCAGUAAUGCAAUGGUUAUUGGCAUAUCAAGCAGAGGAAAUUGCUGAAGAAAAUGCAGAGAUUCCAUCUAUUGUCUGCAGAGAUUUUCCAAAUCAACUGGUCUCUCAAAUAUUGGUUGUUUUGACACUGAAGGACUGCAAAUCAGGAAUGGACUUCUUCCAGUCAACUUCUAAAAAGAGUGCACCAGCUGAAGAAUCUCUAAAUGAAGAUAGCACAGUCUUCUCAGAAACAGAAAGCCUUUUCCUGCAAACAACAUUUGAUGAACUUCCAACUUGCAGUAGUACUAUGGCUUGGAUUAGGGAAAAAGAGCCUGUGACAUCAAAAAUAAGUUGCAAACGACCUUUGAGAGAAAAACUGGAGGAAUAUUUAUUGGCAUUGGUGGAAUGUUUGCAUUCUACUCAGGUGCUUCCACCAGAAUGCAAAGUUCGCUGUGCAGACAUUAUUAUUGGAGUGCUCCGAUGUUACUGUGAUAUUGGUGUUACCAGUGAGGAUAAUGCAUGUGCAUUGGCCCUAUUUCAGAAGGCAAAGUCCUUAAUGCUGGAUGCUGGUGAGCACAUUUCUACCAGCAGAAAUGAUCUUAAUGAAGAGAUAAAACUCAGCUCUGUGAAAACGCUGGUUAAUGUAUGCACAAAAUGUCUACACUCUCAUGUUAAGCACUGGCCAAGAAAAAGCUCAUCUGUUCUCUUCCUUCAACUAUUCCCAGCAAGAUUUAUGAAUGACCUUGUGCAAGUUUGCAAACAACUGGCAACUCACACUGGAAAAUCAAGUGAUGUUUGUGAAGCAAAGGAUGAUUUUCAGGAUGAUUUCAUGGAAGUAGAGGGACAUGGAUUGGGAGACCUCUUUGAUGUCAAUAUUAACCAAACGCCUGAAGGAGGGGAUUAUACUGAAAACAAUGACUCAUCUGUUGGAGCAGGGGCAAAGAGCAUUUUAUCUGAAGAUAAUUUGACAAAGCACGAUUUUCUCCUCCUCGACAUUCUCCAAUUCCUCUGCUGUUGCACAGCAGCAGGACAGAUACAUACACUUUCAUUUAGGUCUAGUGACGUUAGAAGAAAACUAUUAUCAUUAAUUCAGGACAUCGACGAUAACAUUUCGAAACCUCCCUACUUGCAUAUGUACUUAAUCCUGUUAAAAGAGCUCCCAUCAGAAGAAGGCAUUCUACCUUCUAGCGAUUUUGCCAUCCUUCUGAAUCCACUCUUGAACUUGUGUUCUACAUAUCGUUGUGAUCAAGAUGUUUGUUCAGCAAUCCUGACACACAUUCUUCCAUCACUAUCAGCACAUGACAUUGAUUCUGAUGAAAUGGCUGAUAUUCGAGGAAUACUACUGAAGGCAAUUGGAGCAUUCUGGCACCUAAGCAAAGAAGGAAAAUGUAACACACAAGUGAGAACUGCUCUAGUAAGAUGUAUGAAAGCCCUACUUGAAAAAGACCCACAUUCAAAAUGGACCGUACUUUCAAUCAGAAGUGAAGAAUUACCUGUUUCUGAAGCCUACACAGAGUUCCUUGCAGACAGGCACCACCAGAUUCGCAUGCUCACAGCUACGUCCAUUAGCAGUCUCUUCCAGGAGAUCCAGGUGCACGAUUCAUCUGUAAAGCUGAAAGCCCUUCCUGUGAAACUGCAGCAGAAAGCCUUUGAAAAUGUGUAUAUGAAAGUACAAUCAGGAAUGAGAAGUCAGAAUCGUGCAUCCCCAGAAGAACUGCAGGAUGAGGAGUGCAAUAGAAGAGCUACGUUGCUUAUAGUGAUUUCAUUGGUCAUGUGCUGUAGCCCCAUAUGUGAAAAGCAGGCAUUAUUUGCUAUUUGCCAGUCAUUAAGGGAGAACAAGUUAGAACCUACACUUGUUAAAAAGAUUCUUGAGUCUACAUCCAAGUUAUUGAUGUAUCGUAGUUUGGAGAGCUUCAUGGUUUCCCAUUUAGAUUACCUUAUCCAUGAAUGGUUGGCAGUGUCUGAUCCUGACUACAACUUGCCAACAUUCCCUUUCAUCCUAUUGAACUGUUCUAAUCUGGAAGAAUUUUACAGAUCAUAUUACAAAGUUCUUGUUCCACAUCUGAUGGUUAUUGGUGAUAUAGAAGAAGUGAAAUCAAUUGCUGCACACAUUAGCAGACGCUGGAAAGAAUUGCUUGCAGAUUGCUUUCCAAAGAUAAUGGUUAACAUUCUGCCUUAUUUUGCAUACCAAGAAAAAAGUGGAUCUGAUAAUGUUUUGGCACAGCGAAGAGAAACUGCAUCAAAGGUGUAUGACAUGCUGAAAGACGAUGAUUGCUUGGGGAAGCAGAAAAUUGACCAUUUGACCCUCGAUAACUUGCCAGAGAUUAUUGUAGAAGUGCUCAAUACCCUGUAUGAUCUUCCAAACCAAGAUUCUGCAAAUGAUGGAGAGCUGGUGGAAUUUGUCGGGGCAAUGGAUCCUGCUCCUAACCCACCUUAUUUCCCAUCUUACGUUAUCAAAGCCACACUGGAGUAUAUUGGUAGCUGCCACAAAGAGAAGUACAAAUCACUUGUGGCAGUUCUUUCCAAAAAUCCUGAUUCAAUACAAAAGAUCCUGCUAGCGAUUUGUAAGAAGGCAGCAGACAGUACCAGUGCCUAUGAAAAACAUAGAAUUCUGAUGAUGUAUCGUUUGUUUGUAAACAUGUUGCUGAAAGAGAUUGCUGACGGGCUGGGAGGAUUGUGGGCAUUUGUUCUCCGUGAUGUCAUCUACAGUCUGAUUCACCACAUCAAUAGCUGGCCAUCACACAUGGAUGAUAUAUCCACACGCAGUUUUUCUCUAUGCUGUGAUCUUUUAAAUGUCACUUGUAAAACUGCUGUGGAUCAUUGUGGGGAUGCACUUGAAAAUCACCUUCAUGUCAUUGUGGGUACUUUAACACCUUUGGUGCAAGAACAACCAGAAAUUAGCCAGAAGGCCCUAACAUUAUUGAAGUAUCUAGUGAUUUCCAAUCGAGGCAAUGAAAACCUGUACCAUGCAAUUAGGCGUUUGGAUCCAUUCCCUGAUCUUCCUGACUUCAGAGAGCUCCGUCUUACCCAGGAGAAAAUCAAGUACAGUAAGAAACAGUUCACGCUGUUAGAGGAAAUCAAUCAUUUCCUUUCUGUCAACACCUGUGAUUCCUUACCCCUAACCAGGCUUGUGGGAUUAAAUGAUCUAAAAAAACAACUAGAGCUUCACAAAGAGGAUUCUAAAACUCUGCUGAAAGAGUGUCAAGAUGAUCCAGCAUCCAGUGUCCUUGUGAAACUGGUUGUAAAUCUCCUACAGCUGUGUAAGUCUGCUAUCUGUCACCCUGCUGGAAAAGAUAUAUUAGAAGCUGCAGGAAAGUGCUUAGGAGAAAUGGGUCCAAUUGACUUUUCCACUAUUGCUUUACAACAUAAGAAAGAUGAAUUUCAUUUCAAGGAAAUGGAACUGUUGAAAGAAAAUGAUUUUAAAUUGGUUUUCAUUCUUCUAAGUGUAAUUAAUAAUGCUCUCAUUGAUCAAUGUAUUGAUGUUCGCUAUGCAGCUGCUAAAUGUGCAAAGAAUGUACUCGCUACUCAAGCAGGCUACCAGUUCUGGGAGUUGAGUAAGAAAAAUCCCAGUGGUCCAGAUCCCAUGCUAAUGUAUUUGCAACCGUUCCGAACACCCAGAAAGAAGGCUUCUGGGUUGCCGGCAGAUAGCACAUCCAAUUCUUCUGAAAAGCUUGAUGAUGGCUGUUUAUGGAUACCUCAGGGUGCAAACCAUGACACAUGGGUAAAAACACUGACCUGUGCACUAUUAGACAGUGGAGGUGUGAAAAGUGAAGUUCUUCAGUUAAUAAAGCCACUGUGUGAGGUGAAAGCUGACUUUUGCCAGAUGAUCCUACCAUACUUGAUCCAUGACAUUCUCCUUCCUGGCGAUAAUAAUUGCAGGCAGGAGUUGUUAUCUAACCACAUUCAAAGUUUCUUCAGUAUGUGCUGUAGAACAGGAUCAACCUCUAGCCGAUCCACUACACCAGCUAUGGACUCAGAAACAGACAGCCUUCCCCAGGGAUAUAUGGAUAAAGCCUCUCGGCGCACAAUGCUGGCGGUGGUCGAUUACUUACGCAAGCAAAAAAGACAUCAGCUGAGCACUGUUUGGGAUGACAACUUCUGGCUAGAUCUGAAUUACCUGGAGGUUGCUUUGACAGCCCAGUCAUGUGCAGCUCAUUUUACAGCCUUGCUUUAUGCAGAAAUCUAUGCAGAUAAAAUCAGAUCUGAAGAAGAAGAGUUGAAACGGGGUUCUUACAGAGCAGCUCGCAGCUUAAAGUUUGAUGAAUGCAGCCAAGAGCUAACGGUCUCCAGCUUGAGCAGCAAAAGCAGAGAAGAAACGGGGAUCAGUUUACAGGAGUUGCUGAUUGAGGUCUACAGAAGUAUCGGAGAACCUGAUAGUUUGUAUGGUUGUGGUGGAGGGAAGAUGUUACACCCGCUUGCUAGAGUUCGAACAUAUGAGCAUGAAGUGCUGUGGGAUAAGGCUCUUGUAACAUAUGACAUUGAAAAGAACCUUCCUGUCUCUACACGUCAAGCUGGUAUUGUCCAGGCUUUGCAAAACUUUGGACUAUGCCAUAUACUGACUACAUAUCUAAAGGGACUUGAAGUUGAAAACACAGAAUGGUGUGAGGAAUUGCAGGAAAUUCGUUUCCAGGCAGCCUGGAGAAAUAUGCAGUGGGAUCAUAUCCCUCCAAGCAAAGGCGGGACUUCAGGAUUUGGGUAUCAUGAAUCCAUGUGCCAUGCUUUGCAAUCUUUGAAAGAUCAAGAGUUUUCUUCGUUCCUCGAGGUUUUGAGGGCUGCCAGGAUAAAAGAAGUUGAAGAAUUAUGUAGAGGAAGCCUAGAAUCUGUUUACUCUCUGUACCCCACACUAUGUAGAUUGCAAAUACUUGAAGAACUGGAAACCAUUGGACAGAGACUAUGCAGAUCUGACCCGGAUGAUGCAUUGAAUAAGGUGCACAAAAAAUGGCAACAACAACUUCUGCUUCUCAAGGACAGUGACUUUACCUUCCAGGAGCCUAUCCUAACCAUGAGGACUGUCAUUCAAGAACUGCUUAUUACAAAAGAAGUGGAUGGUCAGAGGAAGAACCUCAUUAAAGAUGCUCUGACUGAGUAUUUGCUUGAAAUGGCAAAAUUAGCACGAGCAGCAAAAAAUUCCCAGCUGGCAGAGAAGGCCAUCUUCCAAAUCAAGCAACACAAUCCAGUUGGGUUUGGUGUUUCUACGUGGCAGUUAGAAGAGGCUCAAGUCUUUUGGGAUAAACAGGAACAGAGUCUUUCCCUUGAUAUUCUCAAACAGAUGAUUGACAAGCUAGAGGGAAUAAACAACAAAGAAUUAGUGCCGCUCUAUAUUGAAUGCCUUAGACUCUGUGGAACCUGGUUGGCAGAAACAUGUUUGGAAAGUCCUGGCACCAUCAUGCAGAAAUAUUUAGAGAAAGCUGUGACUCUUAGCAUUGAACAUAAUAGCUUAGUUCACAGUGGGAAGAUAGAGGCAUUCUUAUCCUUGGCACGAUUCUCAGAUGCACAGUACCAGAGUAUCGACAAUUAUAUGAAGUCAUCCGAGUUUGAAAACAAGCGUGCACUUCUCAAGAAUGCGAAAGCAGAAAUCCAUUUGAUCAAGGAACAUAAAUUUCAGGUCAACAGAUAUGUAGUGAAGGUUCAGCGGGAAUGUGAAUUAGAUGAACAAGCAAUGUGUGCAUUGCAAGACGAUCGCAAACAGUUUUUGUGUAAAGCAGUGGAGAACUACAUCAACUGCUUACAGAGCGGUGAGGAACAUGACAUGCGAAUCUUUAGGCUCUGCUCCUUGUGGCUUGAAAAUUCGGGUGUUCCAGAAGUGAAUGAAAUGAUGAAGAAAGGUGUAGAAAAGAUUCCAUCUUACAAGUUUUUACCUUUAAUGUACCAGCUGGCUGCUCGAAUGGGAACAAAGAUGGCAGGAGGGCAAGGAUUUCAUGAAGUAUUAAACAAGCUAAUUGAAAAAACAUCAUUGGAUCAUCCUCAUCAUACACUGUUUGUCAUUUUGGCCUUAUCGAAUGCAAACAAAGAUGAUGUUCUAGGGAAACCUGAUGUACUGAGGAGAGGGAAACAUAUAAAAAAGGAGAUGCCUCACUUGGAUCAGGAAAGAAUGGAUGCUGCCAGAAAUAUAAUAAAUACAAUCCAAAAAUCUAAAGCUAAAAUGAUAAAGGACAUUGAGAGAUUAUGUGAUGCUUUAAUCACACUUGCAAAUAUGGAUGCAAGUAAAUGGAAAACAGAAAGAAAGGCCAUUGACAUUCCUGCAGCACAACCUAUCACCAAAAUAAAGGAUCUGGAUGAUGUUGUUAUUCCAACCAUGGAAAUCAAGGUUGAUCCAUCUGGCAAGUAUGAAAAUCUGAUAACUGUGAAAUCAUUCAAAUCUCAGUUUCGAUUAGCAGGAGGAGUGAAUCUUCCAAAAAUCAUUGAUUGUGUCGGGUCUGAUGGGAAAGAGAGAAGGCAGCUAGUCAAGGGUCGGGAUGAUCUGCGACAAGAUGCAGUAAUGCAGCAGGUUUUUCAGAUGUGUAAUUCACUUUUGGAAAAGAAUUCAGAAACCAGAAAGCGAAAGCUAACUAUUCGCACAUACAAGGUCAUUCCUCUUUCUCAGAGAAGUGGCAUCCUUGAAUGGUGUACAGGAACCAUGCCCAUUGGGGAAUAUCUGGUUGACCCAAAUAAAGGAGCUCAUAAGAGGUAUCGACCAAAAGACUCAAGUAGCCUAGAAUGCAGGAAAAAAAUGUCGGAAGCACAGAAACUGAGUUUUGAAGGUAAAUAUCAAGCCUUCAUGGAUGUCUGUAUGAAUUUCCGACCUGUCUUCCGAUAUUUCUUUAUGGAAAAAUUUUUGGAUCCAGCUGUAUGGUUUGAAAAGCGGCUUGGAUAUACUCGAAGUGUAGCUACAUCUUCAAUUGUAUGCUACAUUGUUGGUCUUGGUGACAGACAUGUACAAAACAUCCUCAUUGAUGAAGAGUCAGCUGAACUUGUGCAUAUAGACCUAGGGGUUGCCUUUGAGCAAGGUAAAAUUCUUCCUACACCAGAAACUGUUCCAUUCCGUCUAACUAGAGACAUUGUUGAUGGAAUGGGCAUCACUGGAGUGGAGGGUGUUUUCAGGAGAUGUUGUGAAAAGACAAUGGAGGUUAUGCGAAAUUCCCAGGAGGCCUUACUAACAAUCGUUGAGGUGCUGCUGUAUGAUCCUCUUUUUGACUGGACCAUGAAUCCUUUAAAAGCACUUUACCUACAACAGAGACCUGAAGAAGAUGCAGACCUUCACUCUACACUGAACUCCACUGUGGCUGGAGAAGAUACAGAAUGUGAUGGAAAGACUAUCGAUACAAAGAGCAUCAAUAAGGUGGCAGAACGUGUACUUCUGAGAUUGCAGGAGAAGUUGAAGGGAGUUGAAGAAGGUGCUGUCCUCAGUGUGGGUGGGCAGGUGAAUCUACUCAUACAACAAGCUAGAGAUCCGAAGAACCUCAGUCGUCUCUUCCCAGGCUGGCAACCUUGGGUAUGAUCAAUACAAUACUUGUGUGUAUAUAUAAAUGUGUACCACUAGAUGAAAUGCUUGUCAUGUAACAAUUUUUUCCCAUUGUAAUUACCUGGUAACAUGAGGUGACACUAAAACAACAAAGUGCCACUCAAAGUAGCAAGGCUAUGUCAAGGGCAAAAAUUGGAAAAGCUUUCAUAGUUAAACUACUCAUUUUAAACUCAGUCAGUUUCACACCUUGCUUGCUAUUUCAGCUUUCAAACUAGACUUAUAUAGUAUACGUAUGUGCGUACAGAACACAGGAAUUCAGUCUAUUUGAAAGCUUGCUAUAAUAGCUCUCAGACCUACAGCAGAUUCUUCUUGAACCUCUGACCUGAUCAUGGUUUCUCAUCGGUAGUUUGGAUUCAGUGAAUUUACUCUGUCAUUUCCAACUUGCCUUUAGACUCAGGCUGCAAUAUGGAACCUAUGCAAAAAGGAAGUGUCUACAGACACUCUAAAUCUUUAUUUUUGUCGGCUAGAGUUAUGUGUAACUAUACUAUAUUGUACAAUUAACAUAAGAUGAUUUUCAUUUUGUACAGACAUAAAUUUUGACUAAAAUGUUCAAUGAUUAAUUUUGGACGCGAAAUGGAACUUGAAUCUACUGCACAUUAGAUUUAAUUAUUUGUGCCUACUGAAAGUUGUAUAUUGUCUUUAUAAUGUUAACAAUGAAUUUGUAAUGAAAUCCUGUGGUCUGAAAUAUCCAUUUUAUAUUAUAAAGAACCUUAUCUAUACUUUAAAAAAAACAUUCUGUUUAUUAGUACCUCUGCAGUACAUUUUAACCUUUACCGGAUGAAGUAGUAUGUUCUGUUAACUUUUUGGAAAGGUACAAAGCCAGUAUAAAAAUACUGCCAUACUAUUUCUAAAUACAGGACUUUGCCCUUGUGCAUUUUAGCUCUCUUCCAUGUGUUCAACAAAAUUGGUUAGUACGAGUCUCGGGUACUUAAAACCACCUCAAUUAUAACAGAGACUUUCAGAAGCCAAACAAGAUUCUUUUGUUGCAGCUGUUUGUUUAAAUCCUAAUAUUUUUCAGUGAAUUUUCUUUUUAAACUUCUAUAAGAUCCACUCUCAUCCUUCUGAAUUCAAAUAAGUAUAUUCCCAGGUGAUUCAAUCUCUCUUCAUAGGCUAACCCCCUCAGCUCCUGAAUCUAGCUGGUGAACCUUCUCUGCGACAUCUCCAAAGCCAGUAUAUCUUUCCUCAAGUAAGGAGAUGAGAACAGUAUGCCAUUUUCUAGUUGUGGAUUCACCAGUAGCCUGUACCACUGCAGCACAGAACCUUCCACUCUCAAAUUCAAUCCCACUCAUAGUAAAAACCAAUGUUCCAUUUGCCUUCUUGAUAACCAUUGCACUUGCAAACCAACCUUUUGUGAUUUACGCACUCUCAAGUCCCUCUGCACAAUAACAUUCUGCAUUCUUUCAUCAUUUUAAUAAUAAUUUGAUGUUCGAUAUUUCCCUCUAAGUGUACGGCCUUGCAUUUACCAAUAUUGUACUCCACCUGCCAGACCCUUGCCGACUCAAGUGUGCAACAUCCACCUGUUUCCCUAAAUCCACUACAUUCAUUAUAUCCUCAAAGAACUCCAGUAAGUUUACCAAACAGAACUUGCCCUUCCUUAAUCUUUGUUGUCUCCCUGCCUGAUGGAACCACUUAUAUCCAGAAAUCUCACUAUUUCUUCCCCAAUGAUCGCUUCAGGUAUUUUCCUGACAACAGUUAAAUUAACUAAUCUAUAGUUACCUGCCUUUUGCUUACUUUUUUUUUUAAAAAAAAGUCUCUUGACAUUCACUGGCUUCCAAUCCAUCAGGACAUAUCCAUUCCCUCUAAGCUGUGAGUGUGUGCACACGCACACAUUUUUCAACCAGCGCACAAAGGAAAUUAAUGUGCGCACAAAAGGUUAGUUACCUAAAAUAAUGUAGUAAUUAAUAAUUAUACUUAUUGAAAAUAACCUUUUAGCUAAAUGUUUCUGUUAACUAGUCAGUUUUUCAAAUACCGCAAUGCACGUCACUAAUUUACAUCACCUCACCUUUCCUGUUCCGGUUUGUACAGCUGCAUCAUGGCGGCAGCCAUCUUUGGUGGACAGUGUUCAUAACGUAAGGUUUACAAAGACCUGUUUCAAAUCCUGUAGAGAGCUUACUAAGUUUUUAUUGGGAAAAAAAUAUUCAUUCACUAUGUCGAAUUCAAAAGAAGCUAACGGUGUGAAGCGCAAAAGGACUGCAAAUUGGUUAAAAGUUGAAUGGCUUAACAAAAUAGAAGAAACUGAUACACCGAAAACGUCACAGUAGAAACAAGAAACAAGCCAUUUCCCCAUCACCCAAUAUUAAUUCUCCCUUUUUGUCUUCCAAGAAAUCCAUAUUUACUGUAGCCACCCUUUUCUCUUUAUACGAGUAUAAAUACUUUUGCAAUCUGCUUUUCUAUUUUGUGCUAGUUUUCUUUAUUAAUCCUUCUCCCCUUUUAGUAGUACUUGCUUAGUGAUUCAUUAUUGCUGUUUUAAUCACUUUUCCCAAUCUUCCAGUUCCCCAGUACUCUUGGUGACUUUGUAUCCAUUUGUAUCUUAGUUUGAUCCCUUCCUUUAUUUCCUUAAUUAUAAAAGGUUGGCUCUCCCCAGCCUUACUGUCCUUGCUUUUAAAUGGAACAUACUUUUGUUGAGCACUGAAAAAUCUCUUCUAUUGAAAUUGAUAAAUUAAGCAUAAUUUAAAGCAUCAAUUAAUCCUAUCAAUUGUAUUAAAUUUAUCCUGCUAAAGGAAAUAGUUUUCCAUAGUUUAAAAUCCUCAACUGACUCUCCCUUUAUUCUCAUCUAUUUCAAAGAAACUAACCAUAGUUGUCUGGCCUUAUUUUGUCCCCAGUAUUUUCUAGUCCUAGCACCACUUAAAUGUUCACCACGUCCUCUCUGUGUAUUGACAACUUUCCUGUAAUGUGGUAUAACUAAUACUGUCUACACCUCUAGUACACCAUAAGCUGUAGGAGCCACUUGGCCCAAAAUUCUGCUCCACCAUUCCAUCAUGGCUGAUUUAUUAUAUAUCUCCACCCCAUUCUCCUCCCUUCUUGCCCUAAUCUGUGUUGUCCUAACUAACCAAGAACCUAUUAACCUUUGCUUUAAAUAUACUUAUUUGCCCAUUCUCCCAAUCUGUCCAAGACCCCCUGCAGACUCCCUGCUUCCUCAACAAUACCUACCUCACCACCUAUCUUUGUCAUUUGUACCUACAAAUUGGCCAUAAAGCCAUCAGCUCCAUCAUUGACAUAUGAGUGGUGUCAAUACCAACCCCUACAGAACACCAUUUGUCACUGGCAGCCAACCAGAAUAGGCCCCCAUUAUUCUGACUGCUUCCUGCCAGUCAUCCAAUCUUCUAUCCACGCUGGUAUCUUCCCUGUAAUAACAUGGGUUCUUAUCUUGUUGCAGCACCUUGUUAAAAUCCAAAUAAACAACAUCCACCAACUCUUCUUUCUCUAUCCUGCUUGCUAUUUCCUCAAAGAAUUCUAACAGAUUUGACAGGCAAGAUUUCCCCCUCAAGAACCUAUGUUGAUUUUGGCCUACUUUAUCAUGCACCAAAUUCUCCGAAACCUCAUCUUUAAUAAUGUAUCCCAAUAUCUUCCCAACCACUGACAUCCGGCUAGUUGGCCUAUAAUUUCCUUUCUUCUGCCUCCCUCCCUUCUUAAAGAGUGAGGUGACAUUUGUAAUUUUCCAGUCCUCUGGAACUCUUCCAGAAUCUAGUCAUUUUUGAAAGAUCAAUACUGAUGCUUCAACAAUCUCUUCAACUACCUCUUUCAGAACCUUGGGUUGUAUUCCAUCUGGAUUACGUGAUGUAUCUAUCUUCAGACUUUUCAGCUUCCCAAGCACCUUUCCUUUGUAAUAACAACUGCACCCACUUCUGCCCCCGACAUUUAUGUCAUACCGCUAGUGGCUUUGACAGUGAAGAAUGUCGCAAAAUGCUUAUUAAGUUCAUCCAUCAUUUCUUUGUCCCCCAUUACUGUCUCAACAGCAUCAUUUUCCAGCAGACCAAUAAAUUGAUGCUGGAGAAGUAGUAAUGGAGGACAAAGAAAUGGUGGAUGAACUUAAGUAUUUUGCGUCACUCUAGAGGAUACUACUAAACAUUUUUUCAGGGUGCAUUCUAUCAUAUUAUCAUCACUACCUCCUAAGAGUUCCUUUACCUUAAACUCCCUAAUCAAAUUUAGCUUAUUAACACCCAAUCUAGAGUAGCCUUUUCCCUAGUGGGCCCAACCACAAGUUGCUCUAAAAAGACAUCUCAUUAGCAUUCUACAAAUUCUCUCUUAAAAUCCUCCAUGACUAUUGUAACAUUGCCAUUUUGAUAUGCCUUUUCAAUCUCCUGUUGUAAUUUAUAGCCCACAUCCUGGCUACUGUUGGGAGACUUGCAUAUAACUACCAUCAGGGUCUUUUUACCCUUGCAGUUCCUUAACUACUCAGAAGGAUUCUACAUCUUCUGAUCCUGUCACUUCUUGCUAAGGAUUUGAUUUCAUUUUUAACCAACAGACACACCCGACCCCCUUUGCCUACCUGCCUGCCUUUUUGAUCCAGUGUAUAUGCUUGGAUGUUAAGCUCCCAACUAUGAUCUUCCAGCCUCGACUCUGUGAUACCCGCAAUGUCAUACCUACUAAUCUCGUUAACUCUGUUAUAAGAUCACCUACCUUAUUCCAUUUAUUCCAUGCAUUGAAAUAUAACACCUUCGGUCCUGUAUUCACCCUUUUAGAUUUUGCUCCCAUGUUACACUUCAACUCAUCCCACUGUCUGCAAUUUUGCUCUGUCUUCUGCCUGUUCCUCCUCACAGUCUCAUUACACACUGCAUUGACUUUCAUACCAACUGCCCCAUCACUCCGGUUUCCAUCCCAGCUGUGCAUCCCUGUUACUAAAUUUAAUGCCUGUCUAUUUAAUAAUGGUUCAAAGUAAUUGGUACAUUUGCAACUAGCUUUGGUUCCAUUUUCCUCUGUGCAUAACUGUUCAUCUUUUCUACAAGGUGAUUUAUCUCAUGUGAGAACAAUAUAUAAUCAAGUUUCACUGACAGUAGUUUUUCAGUGUAAAGUCAUUUCAGUCUGCCAGUUAUGGUUAUGAUAUGUUUCCAUACAAUUUGUGUCUUCAAAUUCUUUAAACUGCUCUAUUGCAAAUAGAAGAAACGUGAUGUGCUUCUGCUGGUUCAUAAGCUGUCUCGCAUUGAAAUCAAUUUUGUACAGCAGCAUUGUUGCUGCAGGCUGCCUCUGGUCCCGCUACUGUGAAUUUCACCUGCAGUUAUGCAAGUUGCUUAUCACAGAAAGGCCAACAAGAGUUUGUUUAUACUUGAACAUAAAUAAAAGUAAAUUAAAUUAUUAGGUCUCACAAUUUUAAUGUUUAAUUUUCUCCUUGAUGCCUGAGACCAACAA